CCAAGGUGCCGCCUCCGCCCUCUGGACCCCGGGGAAGCCUGGGCGACCUGGGAGAUCCGUUCCCGCGUCGGUGUGGGACGCAGAAACUGAGGUGGGGAGUGACGCCUGGCAGGAGGUCGUCCCGCCCCCUCCGCCCCUUCUCAUAGAGAAGGGAGCCGCCCGCUCCCGGCCCUAACUCGCCCGGCCGCGAGGAGCCCGCAGGAGGCGGAGACCGAGGCGACCUGCAGAGAUGGAGGCAGCCAGCACCUGGGCGCUGCUGCUGGCGCUCCUGCUGCUGCUGCUGGCGGCGCUGGCGCUGCCCAGGACCCCGGGCCGAGGCCGCCUGCCCCCGGGGCCCACGCCGCUGCCGCUGCUGGGGAACCUCCUGCAGCUGCGUCCUGGGGCGCUGUACCCCGGGCUCUUGCGGCUAAGUAAGAAAUACGGGCCUAUGUUCACCGUACACCUAGGCCCCUGGCGCCGCGUGGUGGUGCUGGUCGGGCAUGAGGCGGUCCGAGAGGCCCUGGGAGGUCAGGCUGAGGAAUUCAGCGGGCGGGGAACGCUGGCAACGCUGGACAAGACUUUUGAUGGCCAUGGGGUUUUCUUUGCCAAUGGGGAGCGGUGGAAACAGCUGAGGAAGUUCACGCUGCUGGCUCUGCGGGACCUGGGCAUGGGCAAGAGAGAAGGCGAGGAGCUGAUCCAAGCGGAGGUGCAGAAUCUGGUGGAGGCCUUUCAGAAGACAGAAGGACGCCCGUUCAACCCUUCCAUGCUGCUGGCCCAGGCCACCUCUAAUGUCGUCUGUGCCCUCAUGUUUGGCAUCCGUUUGCCCUAUGAGGACAGAGAGUUCCAGGCUGUGGUCCAGGCAGCAAGCGGCACCUUGCUGGGGAUCAGCUCCCCGUGGGGCCAGGCCUUCGAGAUGUUCUCCAGGCUGCUGCAGCCCCUUCCAGGCCCACACACCCAGCUCCAGCGGCACCUGGGCACCCUGGCUGCCUUCGUUAGUCAGCAGGUGCAGCAGCACCGGGGAAGCGUCGUCACCUCGGGCCCUGCGCGUGACGUCGUGGAUGCCUUUCUGCUAAAGAUGGCGCAGGAGAAACAAGACCCAGGCACAGAAUUCACGGAGAAGAACUUGCUGAUGACGGUCACAUACCUGCUGUUUGCCGGGACCAUGACCAUUGGUGCCACCCUCCGCUAUGCCUUUCUGCUCCUGCUGAAAUACCCUCAAGUCCAACGGCGAGUGCGGGAGGAGCUGACCCGGGAGCUGGGUCCCGGCAGGGCGCCGGGUCUGGGCGAUCGCGAUCGCCUCCCUUACACGGACGCAGUCCUGCACGAGGCACAGCGGCUCCUGGCACUGGUGCCGCUGGGAAUGCCUCACACCCUCACGGCGACCACUCGCUUCCGGGGAUACACUCUGCCCCAGGGCACUGAGGUCUUCGCCCUUAUUGGCUCUGUACUGCAUGACCCCGAGGUUUUCGAGAACCCGGAGGAGUUCAAUCCAGGUCGCUUCCUGGACACGGAUGGCCGGCUGAGGAAGCACAAGGCCUUCCUGCCUUACUCCUUAGGGAAGCGAGUGUGCCUGGGGGAAGGCCUGGCACGGGCGGAGCUAUGGCUCUUCUUCACGGCCAUCUUGCAAGCCUUCUCCCUGGAGACCCCGUGCCCACUGGGUGAUUUGAGCCUGCAGCCAGCUGUCAGUGGGCUUUUCAACAUCCCUCGAGACUUCCAGCUGCAGGUCCGGCCCACUGGAGACCAGGCCAGAUGAAGGAAGGAACUUGGAAGGUGGAAGUCACCUGGCAGACACAGCCUCAGGGGUGUGUGUGAACCAGGCGUCCACACCACAGGUCACGUGUCCGGGCAGCUGCCACACCCGAGGACCGAAGCCCCUGUCCAACCACACAGCAGCUGAUGCUUAAGCUUUUUUUGGAGAGGGCUGCCUGACCCACGAUCCUGCUCUGUGGCACAAGCUGGUCUCAACCCUGUGAUCCUCCUGCCUCUGAGUGCUGAAAUUGCAGGUGUGCGCCCCCAGGAGCUGCUUUCGGCCGACAGAAAUGUAGCAUAGACCACCUGGAACCACAGCACAUAACCAGCUACCCACCAUGGCUCUGAGCCCCCAACCCCGGCCCCGCUGCCACCUGCUCAGACACACACAGCCUAACCAUGCUCAGGACUCUGACUUCCUCCUUCUCUGCCACACUCAGCUGGGCCCCUGCCACAGAAAACAGCCUGCCCCAGCUGGGGUCGUGUCGAAGCCAGCACACUGCUCUGGCUACUCCCGUGGAUGACCUCACCGUGCAGGAACUGGCUACCUCUGUCAAGGGCUGCCAUCCAGCCACACCGCCAGGCCGCUCUUGACUUGGCUCUUCCACUGAGACACCGUGACACCAAGUCUGCUCCCGGCCGCCUUCACACCCUUGUUCCUCCAGCACGCUCCUUCCAGCAAAUUUUCCCAAAUUUAAAUGUUUCCUGCUCUGUAACUGUGCACACAGACGUCAUACAAAUGAGGACCAGCUACCCUAAGAGAAAACGUCCCCAGUCAUGUUUGUAUAAAAUCGUGUUAUCAGGGCCCUGCUUUCAGACAUAUCCUGACCCGGGCAGGGUACCCUGGAAGUGUGGCUCAGAGUUAGAGCCCUGGCCUAGCAUUCGAAAAGCCCAGACAUCAAUCCCUAACACUGCUCAAAAACCAGAAAUUUAAACAUCUCUGCUAAGCCAUUAAUCAGCCCUUCCCCCGAAGCACCAGAUGACCCACGGGGACGGGUUCUGCCCCUCCAUAUCAGGAUGGAGGAGGCCGUAUUUGACCUCUGGGUGACUUGAAAGUCCCCAUUUUGCAAUAAAAGUUUGUUUCUGGA